CACCAUUGUCUGAACUUGGAACCUGAGGAAAUUUCUUCAUUUGGUUUCAUUCUUUUCGUCUUUGUUUUGUAUGAACUGAGAAAAGUACAUGACGCUGAAAUCUGAACAACAAGGAGAAGAAGCUAUAGUUUCAUGUUUUUGUUUCAUUUGAAUCGGGGGCAGAAUUGAAGAAGGAAAAAUGGAUUCUUGUUUAAAAGGGAAGAGCAAUAGUUAUGACUACUCGUUCAAGAUUUUGUUGAUUGGUGAUUCGGGAGUUGGAAAGAGUAGUCUUCUUCUCAGUUUCAUCUCCGACACUGUUCAGGAUCUUUCCCCCACAAUUGGUGUGGAUUUUAAGCUCAAACAAAUCACAGUUGGUGGGAAAAGAAUGAAACUGACAAUUUGGGACACUGCUGGACAGGAGAGAUUUGGGAUACUAACGAGCUCUUACUAUAGAGGUACACAUGGAAUUAUUCUCGUUUAUGACGUAACACGUCGAGAAACCUUUACAAACUUGUCAGAUAUAUGGGCGAAGGAAAUAGAGCUUUACUCCACCAAUCAUGAGUGUGUCAAAGUUUUAGUGGGAAAUAAAGUUGACAGGGACAGUGAAAGGGCUGUUACGAGAGAGGAGGGAAUGGCUCUUGCACAGAAGUAUAAAUGUUCAUUUCUUGAAUGUAGCGCCAAAACUCGAGAAAAUGUGCAGCAAUGUUUUAAAGACCUCAUACAUAAGAUGCUGGAGGUACCCAGUUUAUUGGAAAAAGGAUCUUUAGUAGUGAAGAAACAGAGUUUGAAAGACAAACAAGUUUACAAGGCACCUCAUGGUAGUGGCGGUUGCUGUUCUUGAAUAAUAUGCUCAGACACACAGAUUCAAUACAGAUCAUACAACUCACAGAAUCAAUAUAGAAAUGCCCCCGGCAAUUAGAACAACGACAACUGGAUUGUUCGAUGUCUCCAAGUAAUUCAGAAUCAGUUUGUGUAGAUAAUUGUUUGUUGUCAUUAAGAUUUUGGAGUACUUAUAGUUGUUCCUAUGUGGGGACUUAAGGGAGGGAUUGAAAUCCUUUUUUCCAGCUCAUGUAAAUCUCCGUCUCUUUCGCUUUUCGAAAUUUUUAUUCGUAAAAUCUACAGCCUGCAGAUGUUAGAGUCAGCAUUAUAUUUGGGUCAGUGACAUACCUGAAGAAUGCAGAUUUUGGGGUGAAUAAUGUUUUGGUAUAAAAAGAUUUGCAAUGUACUGUGGUUCAAAUUGAAAGGCUUUACACAUCACUUGAUAGUGGAAA